AUGGAAUUGGCGACGACCACGACGGCACGAUACGCCAAUGGAGGUGGCGGUGGUGGUGGUGGUGGACCACCACCCCCACCAUCAUCCUCCACCAUGGCUGGUGGGCCGUCCGGAGAGAGUUCGAGCCUUCCGACAGGCAACACGACGAUCACGACGCCAGCACCAUCCAACACUGGCAACAACGCCAGCAGCACUGGUAACGGCACCGGUAACAAUAGUGCGAACAAUCUGAAACGAAGCAGUAUGCGGCUUAUCGCGAAUGCGGCGCCAUCCGCAUCGACCCCUGCAUCGUCCGUGGCACCUGCUGCAGUGCCGGCAGCAGCAACUUCAGCCUCAACCACGACGGCGGCAGCGGCAACAGCAACCGCGGUCAUCGACACCGUCGCCUCAACCGUGGCCUAUCACCGACGGCCCUCCACGUAUCCGGAUGCUGCAGCGCUACAGGACGACGUACGGUACAACGGUGCUGCUCCGGGAAGCGGCGCUAGCGGUGGCGGUGGUGGUGGUGCCCUAGGCAAUGGGCCUGGUGCUAAUGGUACUGCGAGCAACGGCGCAGCCAAUUUGCAUCCCGCCCUAAUGCAACUUCAGCAACAGCACGGCAAGCUGCUGAUGGGAAACGGCAGUAAUGGUAGCCCAGCGUCCACCGGUCCGGAACGGAUGCUGAUGAGCGGGGUGACCUCCGUUAACGGAAACGCUAGCAACAACAGCAACAUCACCAACGGCAAUCAGCCGCCGACACCGACGAUUGUCCCCGGCGGGGGCAACAACACCAACGGCACCAACAGCAUUCUAACGCAGGCCGGUCUGGAGGAGUAUAGCCGGGCGUACUACGAGCAGACGACGAUGUACCAUCAUCAAAAGCAAUCGUCCUACGCACAAUCGGAAGGUUAUCAUAGCUACGUGUCGAGCUCUGACUCAAGCUCCACGCCGUUUCUCGAUCGGCUGCGACAGGAUAGUGAGCUGCUACUGUCAUCCCGUUCAUCUCACAACUGGUCCCAGCAGGAUCUGCAGCAGCUAGCGUCCUCGACGAGUAGCAGCAUCGGCGAUAAUCAUAGCUCGGCUGAAAGUAACAGUUCCUCGACGGAAACGCUCAAAUGGCUCGGCUCGAUGAGCGACGUGUCAGUGGCCAGUCAUGCGACGAGCACGUCCGCUUUAUCCAGUGCUGGUUCAACCUCGCAGCUGAUCGCGCACAGUUCGCGCGUCCGCACGCCACAGCGACACAAUUCCGAAAGCAUCCUGUACAUGUCGAACGAUGACCAAUCGACGCUUGGCGGUGUGUCCCAGUCGACGGGCUCGCUUCACAAUCACAACCAAAUGCUGACGCAUCGGCAACAACAACAACAGCCGGCACAUCUCCAGCAUAACCAUCACUUCCAUCGGCAUCAGCCACAUCGGCACAGUCAUUUGCACGCGAAUGGUGCCACCGGCAACAACCAUCAUACAGCAUCAUCUGCUUCGAAUACCGGCACUACUACCGGAUCGGCUUGUUCUGUUGCUACUGCACAAUCUCAGCAGGCUGUUGCAUCGCAGCAAGUAUCGCCGACGGGAUCGACGACGCAAUCGUCCAACGGGUCCGGCCCGAACACACGCUCUAGUCGUAGCAAUAAUCGAUUGUUUCCUAUCAGCACGUACACGGAACCGCCUGGAAGUGGCGGUGGUGGUGGAGGAGGUGGUGGUGGAGGCGGCAGUGGGAAUAGCAACAACAGUAAUACUGGAAACAAUCCUCAGACUAACGGUGGAGGCUCGAUGCUCGAUUUCAAACAACUCAACUCACACAACUGGCAAUCAGUGGCAGAGCGGAUUAAUGAGCUAGAAAAGCAUCAACAGCAGCAACAUCACGGAAUAAACGUGCACAGUAAUAGCACAUCGAAUCUGAAUGGGAGUAGUAAUAACGUUGGUGGUGGCCAAGGAAACAAAUCCCAUCUCAACCAACACAACUUGUCAGGAAUAUCGAAUGGGUCUCCUAACUCUUCGUUAAUAUCACCUGGCAAACAGCAACAGCAACAGCAUCAGCAGCAACAACAACAGCAGCGUUACACCUAUUUCGAUCCAAGUAAAACGCACCGUGUGUCGAAUCCUUCACUCAAAGCGUUCCAGAAAAACGCAGUCAUUUCGUACUUCGAGCGUCAACAACAGCACGCCCGGGAAAGCAUCCACUCACGCCCGAGCUCUCUGAACCUAUCGACAACAUCUUCCGGAAACAGUGGAAACACUUCCAACGCUGGAGGAUCCCCAGGAGCUUCAUCGAACGGAAAGUGUCAACCAGGUGGAAGUCCACCCGGUGUAUCGACUCCCGCCAUCAGCUCACACUCGCAGCGAUCUUCCAUAUCGAGUGCGUACUCCUCAGCUGCUGGUAGCAUGAUGGAGCUGUCCAGUGCGUCUCUUUCCAUGGGAAGCUACUCACCACCGUGUAGUCUUGCCGUACAGCAGCAACUGGAUAAGCUGGCUGUCAACAAUCUGCGCAAUCAGCUUGCUUCGGUGCAUACGAUGAAUUUGCUGAACAAGGUUGUACCUUCACCCAGUGUACAACUGGAGCAUCAGCAGCAACAGCAUCAACAUCAGCAGCAUCAUAACCACCAGCAUCAUCAUCAACAGCAGCAGCAAAUGAUUAGUAACGCAACACUGAUUCUAGCGUCGGCACCAACAAAUGGGUUACCCAGUGCUCCGGGUGAUUCAAUGAGUGAAAGUCAUGACAUGAUCUCGACACUGGAUGGUGCACCACCACCGCCACCACCACCAAGAAACCGUGCCUCAAUGCUUCCGAUGGGCAGUGUGGUACCUUAUUCACCUUCAGCCCAUAUGACUACCGUCAGACGGACAUCAUCUGCUUCUGAAUACUCUUCCAUUCGAGACAAGCUAAUCCAGCAACGGCAGCAACUCUCCAAGGAUCUACUCGGACCGAUGAUAAUGGGUCCAAUUAUUGCGUUGGACGAUUGGGUCCCGGAGCGUCCACCUAAAAAUCCGAUGCUGCGAAUACCGAGUCCCGAGCUUCCACCACCACCUCCAAUGCUUACUCCUACCGAGGAUGUACUGCUAAUCAAUCAAGACGAACCAUUACCUCCGCCACCACCGGAGCUGCUACGUCACAUGCGUCAGUUAAGUGAUUCUGGAGAUUGUCGAUCGAAUUCCGCCAGUCGGCGGAACAGUUUUGCCGGUCAGACAAACAAGAAGAAUCUAUAUCGUGCAUCGACGUUUGAAAAUCUUUCUCCAGCUAAUACGCCACCAACUGGACAACAGCACCAACAGAAUAAUGUGGCUGUAGUUCCGCCGAUGGUUCCGAAGAAGCCUCAGCAGUGUUCACCACCAGGUACUACGGAUAGUUCGGGUAAUGUUCUUCGACGUCCAGCAUCGAGCAUGGCAAAGACGCAAACUGUUCCUUCGAUGGCUUCUGUGGUGCAGAGCAGUAGUUCCGGUGGUGGAAUGCACCAUCAUCAUCACCAUCGAUUGUCACAUCAGAUGGUGCUCAACGGUCGCCCAUCACAAGAACAACAGCACCAUCGGCUAUCGUUGCCACUGCAACAAACAGGGCUGAUCGGAAUGAAUUCGUCACAGCAUCAGCAACAGCAACAGCAACAGCAAACCAGCUUUGUUGCCAGUAGACAAUCCGAUACACGCAUCUCCGUUCGCAAACGUGCACAUAACUCGCAACAGAUACCUGUCUCGGAGUAUCUGAUGAAAAUGAAUGGUGUUGUUGGUCCGCAAAACGGUACUACACCACCGCCACCGCUAAAACCACGCAUGCCAGUACAACCACUGGCCGAGUGUAAUGGACAGCAGCCAACACUUGAACAAAUGCAGCAACAGUUCCUGCAACAUCAACACCAGCAGUUCCAACAACAGCAGCAGCUCAUUUCAAUGGGAAGCAAAAGGAGCAACUCAAAGGCUUCCUACCUACCGAGACAGCCGCGGGACAAGCUGCACUCUGACCCUGAUCAUGGCAGCUACAAGCUAACGCUAACUUCAAACGAGGACUGCAUCAAUCACAACAGUAACAGUGGAACGACUACUACCCCCAACACAACAACUAACAACACUGUUGGAGCAAGCGGUGGACAUGAUGGGUUCCCGGAGGAGAUCAUCACUUCUUCGCCCAAGUGUAAUCUGCCGGAUGUACUUCCGCCUGGUGUAAAGUAUUCGCUCUACUCCACCAACAAUAACAACAACACUGUGAACAACAACAACAGCAUCAACAAUCAUCAUAAUGGCGUCGGUAUGAUAAAGUCAAAGCUUGGCGGUCCUCACUCGGCACCGAUCAUCUCGACCGCAAACAGUUUGAAGUCACUGUUUAACUUCAGCACCUCCUCAGCCGACACUGGAAAGGAUCGCGAAGGACCUGCAACACCUCCAGCUCUGUUGUUCAACGGGAACGGUAAUGUGAGUCCUCCGCUAGCCCAAAUCCAAGCCACCUCCCCGAAGUACACCUCUCAGUCGUCGUUCGAUCUGAAGAAAACGCAAAUCCUGGACACGGGUGGCGAUUCGCACUGCAACGGUUACCAUCUACACAACGGCAACGGAAUUCUCGGCCUUCCAACUACUCCCACCACUACCAACAUUAGCGCCACGGCCACGCUGACCUCGAUCGCGUCCAUCAACCAUACUGUGGUGGUGGAGGAGGAGGAGCCCGAGCUGGAAACGAAGGUAGACGAAGAUGCAUCAACAACCACUGCGAAUGCCGCCACGCCCGACGAUAGUGUACCGCCACCGCUUCCCUCUACACCCUCGCCGGCACUCAGCAACGGUGGUCCAGUCGCUAGCAGCUGUCUGGCUGUAUGGCCGGUUCCACCGGCACAAACUGUAAAUAAUUACAGCGAAAAUUCCGAAAAUCUGACCAAUUUCGACCACCAACACCAGCACGAAACGGCGAGGAGUACCGUUGGUUCCGCGUGUGCCAGCUCCGGACGGGCCGUGACGGAGUCUGCCAUCGACAGUGAAGUUUCGUCCGCCAGCACGUCCGCACGCGACGAUGCGUUGUCGUCGAACGACGCAACAACAAUAACAACAACAACAACACAAGCAACGGAAGCACCAGUCCCAGUUAAAGCUGUCGUGGCCAAAGAGCAGGAAGGAGAAAGUUGCCCUACCGGGUCCGAACUGAUCGUGAACGGUGUUAGCGGUGGUAUUGGUGAUCAUAAUUCCACCACAUCAAGCUCAUCCAGUGGCUCUCCCGUGCCGGGUUUAGAACGCGUCACGAAGGAAAUCAACCUGUCGCCGGUAUCGCUUGCCGACGAAGCACCGGUUGUGAGCGAAGUUCCACUGCAGCGAACGGAAAUUGUACUGCGCGUUCAAGCGCCAACAUCCGAGGCAGCAUCCCAGACAGAUAUCGACGAGACUGGUUCCAUUCUUAGCCGUGGAAUCACUGAACUGACGAUCGACUGUGGUAGAAAGAAAGAGCAGGAAGGGCCACAAGUUAGCUCCAGCCAACAGUCAUCCAACGGAACGGUUACAUCAGUUGCAACGUCCACCACGCCCAGUCCACUGGGAUCGCCACCAGGAACUCCGCCGAGUGGUAAGGAAUCGGUCCAGAAGUUCUUUACAUCUGCAUCACCGUCGUCAUCACCAUCGCCACCUCCACCAACGCCCCGUAAGCUACACCCGGAGGAGAUCGAUUGUGAUAAGCUGUCGCACGAUCUUGUCAGUCAACUGUCACCAUCGGAUAAGCUGCACACCAUACUGGCGCCGAAAACAUUCAAAUCCACGUCGGACUACGUAUCCGAUCUGUUCAACAUCCAGAUCGCACCCCGGCCACUCAAGAAGGAUGCAUCGACCGCAACGCCAACGGAAACGGGUGGCGGUACACCGAAAAGCCCGCUCGGUAUUCUGACGUCCAGUUCAACCUACUUUCAAAUCUCCGAACCGAAGGCGAAGCUGAUGACGCGCUACAGCCGCGAGAUGACCCUGAUCAAUGGUGAUUGCUGUGAUCUGACCAAGAAGAAGGAGGAACUUGUCCAACGGCUUGGCAAGAAGCUACUAGUCCUAACGAACGAGCAAACGAAUAUCGCGGAGGAAAGCAACGCGAACGAUCUGCUCGGCAACGAUGUCGCACUAAAGGUAGCGCAAAAGGUGCGCCCAACGGAUGCUUCCAAGUUUCGCUCGUACGUGGAUGACGUCGGGUACAUUACGAUGCUGCUCCUAUCGCUGUCCGGUAGGCUUGCCCGAACCGAGAACGCACUACACAUGAUCGAUGCCAACCAUCCGGAUAAGAAGAUCCUGGAAGCGAAACGGGAACGAUUGCUGGAGCAGCUGGACGAGGCGAAGCAGCUGAAGGAUGAUAUCGAUCAGCGUGGCUCCACGAUCGCACGCAUCCUCGAACAGUCGCUCACGAUCGAGGAGUACGCGGACUACGAUUACUUCAUCAACAUGAAGGCAAAGUUGAUUGUGGAUUCGCGGGAAAUCGCGGACAAGAUCAAGCUCGGCGAGGAGCAAUUGACCGCGCUGAAGGAUACGCUCGUACAAAGCGAGUGCUAGUGAUGGUAUCGAUCCAUC